UGGCGGAGGGCCGUGAACCAAUGAGAAGCAUACAUCUGGAGCGUCACGUGCCCAACCGGCUUUGAUUUACUAGCGCUGUUCAGUGCUUCAGCCGGCUCUUUGAACGUGGUCCUCGCAGGCUCGCUGGUAGUUCCCCCGCACAAAAUGCGGCUUCUCUGCAUUUUGCUUCCCCUGGUCGGCUUAAUAUCGGCCGACCCGACCGUAUACUUCAAAGAAGAGUUCAACGAUGGAGAUGCGUGGAAGGAGCGGUGGGUGGAGUCUACGAAAGGCGACAACCUCGGCAAGUUCGUUCUCAGCGCGGGCAAAUUCUACGGCGACGCGGAGAAGAGUAAGGGACUGCAGACCUCCGAAGAUGCCCGCUUCUACGGCAUCUCCGCUAAGUUCGAUCCCUUCUCCAACGAAGACAAGACUCUGGUCAUCCAGUUCACUGUCAAGCACGAACAGAACAUCGACUGCGGCGGCGGCUACGUCAAGCUGUUCGAUUGCAGCCUAGACCAGACCCAGAUGCACGGCGAGUCUCCUUACCUGAUCAUGUUCGGCCCCGACAUCUGCGGUCCCGGAACCAAGAAGGUCCACGCCAUCUUCAACUACAAGGGCAAGAACCACCUGAUCAACAAGGAGGUGCGAUGCAAGGAUGACGUGUUCACCCACCUGUACACCCUGAUCGUCAAGCCCGACAACACCUACCAGAUCAAGAUCGACAACGAAGUCGUCGAGAAGGGCGAACUCGAAAAGGACUGGUCCUUCCUGCCUCCCAAGAAGAUCAAGGACCCCGAGGCCAAGAAGCCCGAGGACUGGGACGACCGGGCCAAGAUCGACGACCCCGACGACAAGAAGCCAGAGGACUGGGACAAGCCCGAGUACAUCCCAGACCCCGACGCGACCAAGCCCGAAGACUGGGACGACGACAUGGACGGCGAGUGGGAACCCCCUCAGAUCAACAACCCCGAGUACAAGGGCGAGUGGAAACCCAAGCAGAUCGACAACCCGGCCUACAAGGGAGCCUGGGUACACCCCGAGAUUGACAACCCCGAGUACACCCCAGACCCCAAGCUGUACCACUACAAGGAAAUCUGCAAGAUCGGCUUCGACCUGUGGCAAGUCAAGUCUGGCACCAUCUUCGACAACAUCCUCAUCACCGACGACGAGGAGUACGCCCGAGUGCACGGUGAGGAGACCUGGGCCGCUCUUAAGGACGAAGAGAAGAAGAUGAAGGACAAGCAGGAGGAAGAGGAGGAAGCCAAGAGCAAGAAGGAGGAUGACGCUAAGGAUGAGGACGAGUUCGAAGACGAGGAGGACAAGGAUGAGGACAAGAAGGACGAGGAGGAGACCACACCCGCGCCCGAAGACGACGAAGACCACAAGCACGAAGAGUUGUGAGCUAGCGCGGCUCGG